AUGUAGUCAAACUAGGAAAAUUAAGAUUUAGAAAACUCAACUAUUAAUAGAGUACCAAUAGGAGGAAUUACAGAUAUUGAAGGAGCUAGAUUAGUAGCAAGAAGAUUAUUUGAAUAGUAUGACAAAAAUGGAAGUGGUGAAAUUACCUCUUCAGAAAUAACAGGUAUGAUGUAAGAUGCUUAUAAAGAUAUGGGAAAAGGAUUUAAUCCAACAAAAGCAGACACUGAUACAUUUUUUAAUGUUAUGGAUUUUAAUAAUGAUGGAAGAGUUACAUUAUAAGAUUUAGAAGCUUUAGCUAUAAAAUUCUUAGCUGGUGCUAACCCAAAUAAUUUUUGA